UCUUCUUGGUCCAAGAUGGUGAGAAUUUCACUUCAAUUCAAAGCCAAUUUGGAAAACAUCACGAACAUCAGACCCGAAGGAGAUGAUUUCCGAUGGUAUUUGAAGGUGAAAUGCCUCAACUGUGGUGAGGAAACAAAGCAGUGGGUUUACCUUUGUGCAAUGAAAGAAUAUACAGCAGAUGACAGCAAUCAGUUUAAAACUAUGGUAACGUUUGACUGCCGUGGCGUGGAACCUACUGCUUUCUCACCGAGGACCGGCUUUGUGGCUGAAGGCGCUGAAACGACAUCAAAAUUUACAGACAUCAACUUAAGUGAUCUUGACUGGUCUGAUUACGAUGAGAAGGCAGAAGCAUCUGUUGGCAUCUAUGAGGUCACAUCUCAAUUUAUCAAGGCACAUUCUUGAAUCCCUAACUACAAAUAUACCGUUUAGGACAAUAUUAACAAAAUAACAGCGACAUACUGCUUCGACUUUAUAUUAUUUUAGAGAACCAUUAAAAUGGAAAUGUUUAACUGUG